AUGGCAGACUUAGGGGAACUUAACAAGAAUAUAGAGGAAGAUGGAAAAUCACAUCCAAUACGAAAAAAGCCUCAGGUAACGGUCGAUGAUUUAUAUAGAAGAUCAACGCAGUACCAACUUUGGUCUUACACUUCAGAAUCAUUAAGAGAAGCUAAACAGAAAGUAAAUGAAAAGGGGAGACAACAUGCAAUAGAAGAGUUUGAAAGAGCUCUAGUGAAGCUUAAAUCUGAUUCGAAAGGCGAUUUUGAUAAAUAUCAAGAUGAACUUACCUCGCAGAAACUACUAGAUCUACUUACUCCAGAAGAAGAGUUAAAGUACCUAAAUUUUUAUUGUGAGAAUAUUAUCAAAGUGGUUAGUUCGUUUCGAAUGCCAACACAGGUGAAAGCUACAGCAGUAUCAUUUUUUAAGAAAUUUUAUUUGGUAAACUCAGUUAUGGAAUAUCAUCCUAAGAAUAUAUUAUACACUUGUGUUUUCUUAGCAGCUAAGUCUGAAAAUUACUUCAUGUCAAUAGAAUCAUUCUGUAAAGCACUACCAAAGACAGAACCAAAGGAUGUUCUUGAUUUAGAAUUUAUAGUCUUACAGUCUUUGAAGUUCACGUUAUUGGUUCAUCAUCCUUUCCGUCCAUUAUAUGGAUUUUUCCUAGAUUUCCAAGCAGUAUUGUUACACCCGACUCCCUUAAUGUAUGAUGUUAAUGUGGAUACAAUUGGUGGAAUGUAUGAUAAAGCAAAAAAGUGGUUGAGUGAUUAUGCAUUGUUGAGUGACGUUUCAUUUCUUUUCUCACCACCACAAAUUGCACUUGCUGCAAUGUAUGAUAUUGAUAAAAGAAUAACAGAUAGGUAUUUGAAAAGAAAGUUUUUAUCAGAACAUCAUCAUGAUGAAGAUAAUACUCAGGGCAAAUUAGACACAAUUAAAGAAGAUCCUGAAUCGAGGACUGACAAAAUCCCAGUUGAUAACAAUGUUGAGGAUAAUGUGAAUAUAAAAAAGGAAGAAGUCGACCUGGAAGAAGCAGACCUACAGAAUACAAACAAAGAUGACGCCAAAGCUGGAGAUAUAUAUAAAGCGCAACGAGAGCAAUACGAGACAUUGGUUAGAACGAUAAGGAAGUGCAUCAAACUAGCCAAACAAAUUCCAGAGACAUCUCGUGAGGAAAGUGCAAAAGUUGACAAGAAAUGUUUCUUCGCAUUAAAUCCAAGCAGAUUGUUAAAGAAGAAGCUAAAUAAAUUAACUACGGGCAAUAAUAGUACACCAGUUCCAGCCUCAAACUGA